AUGGUCACGUUUCGGGACUUAUUUGGCCGCGUCCUACGGCCCUCCCGGCCUUCACUGGGCCACUCGAGGCUGGUGGAGGUCGUGCCACGCCGGUUCCAGGCCAGGGGCACUGCUGGCAGGCGGAGAGAUGUGCUCCUGGCCCACAGUGGUGUCCUGCUGGGGGCUGCCCAGCGGCAGUUAGCCACGGCCAUCUUGGAGAGAACCCCCAGCCCCGGCCCCCCCGGGCCCCUCCCGCUGUCCGGUGACCUGUCCUGCCCUGACCUUCCGUACCCUGUUGUGCCGCGGGAGGAGCUGCUGCCUGGCCAGCACGGUUCCAAGGCUCAGCCGCAGCCCUCGGCCGCGCAGGACUUCCUCCGGAGCAUCCCCGCCAAGCUCCUGGUGGCGGACCUCUACGAGGAAUGGAUGGCGGCCAUGCAGAAGAGCAGCAGGGAGGAGCGGAUGGAGGAGCUGAGAGCGGUGGUCCAGAAGCUGCCUGCAGGCAACCUCCUCCUGCUGGAGCGGCUGCUGGGCCUCCUCCAGCACAUCAGCCGCCACGUGGCCACCAGCAGGAUGACCAGCUGCAACCUGGCCAUCUGCCUGGGGCCCACCCUGCUGAGCCCACCCGGCGAGGACCUGCUCCCGAUGGAGGCCAUGCUGGAGGCGACGCAGAAGGCACCCCCCUCCCUGCUCGGUGUCCUCAGCGAAGGUGGGGGAGAUACAGUGGUGGACUUUGAAACGGGAGAGGGUAAAAUGGACGCUGUACACAAGGUGAAGAUUUUUGUGAUGUUUCUGUCUCUGGCUACUUUCACCGUCAUGGUGAUACUGAAUGCCGGGAAUGCCACUGGGAUAUUCAAAGGUCUGUUCAAGUCAACCCCUGGAAACAUCUCGGCGAAGUACAACACUGACUUCACACCAGCUGGCUGGACUUUCCUCAUCUGGAAUGUCAUCUACGCCUGGCAGCUGGCCUGGCUUCUCUAUGCCUUGUCAGGGAUCUGUCGAAGGAAUGAACUUGGAUGUGUCUACAUCAAGCCAGACUUGCUGCCAAUACAUUUUUACGUGAUGUGGAUUCUGAAUAACGGCCUCAAUGUUGGGUGGCUGUUUCUGUGGGACCGAGAAUACCUCCUCCCAGCCCUGGUGUUCCUGGCAGCCCUGACCUUCACCACGUGUGCCGCCCUCUUCGUUUCCCACCGGGCGCUGAGCAUCCAUUCCUCCUGGUUUGUGAAGGGUCACAAAGCUGAGCUCUGGCUCAUCCGCAUCCUGGUCCAGAAUGGGCUGGCGCUGUACGCAACCUGGACCACCAUCGCCACUCUGCUGAACUUUGCCGUUGUGUUGAUCUACAAGUGGAAUGUGUCCAACGAGACAGCAACGACUGCUUCUCUGAGCAUCCUUGCUCUUGCCCUAGUAAUAUGGUUUUACCUGGAAAACUUCUUUCUUGACAAGUAUGUCCGCUAUAACCUCACAAUCUACCCAGUGGUCAUAAUAGCUCUGACUGGCAGCGCCUGCAAGAACUUCUCGCUUUCGUCCCCGACGACAAACGGCAUUUUUAUAGUUUUUCUGCUGGCGAUAACUUGCUUGAUCUUCACUGUGCGGCUGGGACUAGUCACGUGGAGGCACUGUAAGAGACCACUGGAAGCAUCAGAAGCCCCAGACCCAUCAGGCAUAGUGGCCUGA